AUGUACACUUCCUGGGAAACCAACGGAAAUCCAGUCGCGCCCACAAAAGAAAUAUAUAAAAUAUUAUUAGAGGCAGUGCUCAAUUCUAAAGAUUACUAUCUUUCGCUUUAUAUCGCAAAAGCGUUGAUCAAUCAUCGUGUUCCUUUUCUGACUAAAGAACGGGAGACUACGGAUGCCGCGAUCCAUAAUUUGCCAAUGUCGCAUGUUGUGUGUGAUCCGGAAUUGUGGCAGUAUAUUUUACGAGCGAUGACUUCUUCAAAGAAAUUGUAUUCAUUUUGGGCGGUUUCAUCGCCGUUUUCUACUAGGGAAAGGAUCCCGGAUUUUAAAGAGGUUGAAGAAAUGGCAAGACAAUUUUUGGAGACUACUCGGAGACCUUUUAGUAUUGAAACAUGGCGAGUAAUAAUUCGGGGUAUGGGUGCAUAUCAACGAGGUGGAUCUGAAUUUCUUGAUUUUUUGCAGUUGGUUCGCACUGAAAUUCCUAUUAACCCAGAAAUCGGGACAGAAAUAAUUUGGGCAUUAGCGCGUAAAGGAUUAGCAAGAGAAGCCUUAGGAUACAUCAAUCAAGCGACAUCAAAGUUUGGUCCGAGACCAUUGAGUUCAAAAGAACCAAUUUACGCGUUGGCGUCUCUCUGCGCAAAUAAAGGCAACGUGAAUCGCACAAAAGAGUUACUUUCCAUGAUGCACUUGUGGGUGAAUGACUGGGCUCUCAAAAAGAAAUGGGUCGAGUUGAGUAAGAUUAAAAUUACGAUGCGGACUUAUUUGCAAGCACUCGCGAAUGAAGUCACGCUACACAUGCACCCAGACAAAGAUAAACGCGUAGUGAGCCGUUUCAGUACAGAUCCGGAUGAUCCGGCGGCUAAAGGUGAGAGUUUGAUUGAUAGUCAAUUCUACAAAUCAUGGAAAGAUCUCUUGGCUAGGUUGUCCAAUUUGGAUACGAAAGAUCGCGAAAAUAUCGAUUUGAUUAUACAGUUUCAAGUGUUUGCCAAUUUCUUGAACCAUAAAUCGUUUCCAAUGAAAACAGCAAUGGAAAUGCUAAAAAACAUGCGCGAAAAAGAAGUUUUACAACCCGAAUUUAACACAUUUAAAAUUGUGCUCGAAGGAUUCGCAAACUCGCCCGAAUUCUCUAUUCACAACGUGCAAAACCAAAACCAAAAACUACGUAUUGAAUACGCAUUGGAAAUAUUCGAGAUGAUGAAAUCGUAUGGGUACGACGUUGACAGGCUAGACACUUUUCGUCCGUUGCUGCAAGCGUGUCUACCACCUUUCGAACGUAAAACUUCCAAGUAUAUUGAGUCAUGGGGUCCACUUGUCGGCACCGAGAGUGAUGUCGUUUGGAAGAAACCGCAAAAGCCAAUUCCGAGAAUUUUCGAAAUUGAGAAAAUGAUUGAUGAUUCGAAAUUACCGGUUGAUUAUGAGCUGAUUAGCACAUUGUUGGAACAAUUAGGUUCGGCUGGUCUUUAUAAGACCAUGUGGAAACGGUGGAGUGAUUUAGCGACAAGCGGAAUUCGAAGACAUGAAAAGUUAUAUGAGACUGUGUUUUAUGCAGCAGCCAUAGACUACAGUGAAGCACAAUAUGCCGUAAAUGUGGUUCGAUAUCAAAUGUCGAGGGAAGUACCACCCGUUACACCAACACUUGAGAUCUAUACAGCAAUGUUACAAUGUUGUGUGCGUAUCGACGAUACUUGUAACAUCAAUGAAAUUUCUCAGACUAUGCGAAAAAUAAUUGAUAAAACACAUAAUCCACGCGUUCGAUCAAAAUGGUAUGUCCCAAUCGUCAAUGCUUAUUUGCAUAAUCCGGAAUUAGUUCCACAAGGAAAACUACUAGUUUCACAAUUAUUAAGAAAUGAUGGACUGAUCUGUUUUCCAUUAUGGAGAACACUAAUGUAUUACUAUAAUGAUACGCACCUUGAUCUAAAAAGUGCAAAAAAAACAUUUGAAGCUUAUGUGGAUUGGCGUGAACGCAAUAAAAAAUUCUUGUUUGACUCUGAAAAACGUAUUGGAAUCAAUGUGGCAACUACUACAUCCAAAAGUUUAUCUCCAGAGUUUUUCAAUUCACAAUCCUCAUCCUCUUCAAAAACGUCAAAUCUAAAUAUAAGAUUUCCUUUAAUUAAAUUCCCAUCUUCCCCACUCUACACCAAAGACACUCAAAUCAUAAACAUCUACAUACAAAUAGCAAUAAGAUGCGGAAAUUUUUCCCUUGCGCAUCAGCUCUUAACCUCAUAUGUCUCACACUACGAACACCAACAAGCACAGAAUAUUGCAUUUAUAGACAUCGAAACGUUAAAAGAGUUUGCGUAUUUGGCCUGGAGAAAACAACAAAUGAACGAAAUGCAAUGGCUAUUGGAAAAUGUGAUGAGCAAACAAUACAAGAAUGAUUCUUCGCUAUUGGAAGAGAAUAAAAAACGAGAAUACGAUGAUUUAUUUGAGUGGGUAACCAACCAAUUAACAAUAAAGAAGGUUGACAGUAAUAACAAUGACAAUGACAAUUUGGAAGCCCAUAAUCAACAGCAACAACAAAAGUCUCGGAAUUUAUCAAAUAAUAAUAGUGUUCUUGACCAGCAUUAUCAGGAGGAUGAAACAAAAUCAAUCUUUCAGAAUUCAAUGGUUUUUAAGCAUUUGGAUUAUAUGGCUCGACAUUCUCCUUCAUCAUCAUCAUAG